AUGUUCUUUCAUUUGACUCUAGAGAAAGACCUACAUAUACAUCCAAAGCAUUGUGGACCCAACUUAUUCAAUACAGCAACACAACAACUACAUAGUGAAGUGGAGGGCACUUGUUCAGGUCGUUAUGGAUUCAUCAUCACCAUUACAUCAGUGGAGUUUGUCAGCAAGGGCAAGGUGAUUGAAGCAACAGGCUACGUCGUCUUCCAAGUGCGUUACAAGGCAAUCAUCUUCAAACCCUUCAAAGGUGAAGUACUCGAUGCCGUUGUCACCAAGGUCACCAAUCUUGGCUUCUUUGCCGAGGCAGGACCUCUAUCAAUCUUUGUAUCAACACAUCUGAUACCUGCGGACAUGCAAUUCGACGCACAGAGCGCCAAUCCAUGCUUUGUGUCAGAGGAUGGUUCGACAAAGAUCAGCAAGGAUGAUGAAGUUAGACUUCAGAUCAAAGGAACAAGAGUGGACGCAACUGAGAUCGUACGUGUCACAAUCAUAAUGUGUACAAGCAUCAUGCAUACGAGUUGA